AUGUCUCCUACCGAAUCAGAUUCCAUACCGCAGGCUGCAGAAUUGAUCAAGACAUCCAUAGUCCAUCAAAUAGGAUACUACUUUAGUCUUCUAGACAGAGUACCUGGGGGGCUGAUAAUUUUGAGGUAUCUCAAGUCUUCAUACAAAGAUGAUCCUAUCCGGUCGCUUUUUGAGUUCAGUCUUUUUGUGUUUGCAUUGCACUACUUCUUAUCCUCCAAAAAGAAAGAAAACAAGGCGGAAUUGGUCAAAUUCUCUAAGCGGGAAAUCGAUGAGCUUGUAGAGGAAUGGACACCCGAUCCAUUGGUUGCUGAAGUCACCGAGUAUGAACAUUGGAGAGCGGCGGAGAACCAUGUGAAAGGCCAGAACUCCGCUCACAUUGAACUCGUGCAGAAAGAGGAACUAGGACUCGUCUCUAACUUGUCCAGUCUUGAUUUCCUCAACUUGAAUUGUGACGACCGCAUGAAAGCAGCUGCUAAACAAGUGAUUCUGAGCGCAGGUGUUGGAGCGUGUGGUCCCCCAAACUUUUAUGGUACCCAGGACGUUCAUGUCAGAUUGGAGGAAGACCUUGCUCAUUACUUGGGCACAGAACAGGCAAUUUUAUAUGGACAAGACUUUGUAACCGCUGGUUCUGUUAUUCCAGCAUUCUUGAAGCGUGGUGAUUUGGCUGUUGUUGACUCAGGUGUGAACUUGGCAAUUCAAAAGGCUGUCAUUGUUAGCAGAUGUGAUGUGGAAUGGUAUGAUCACAAUGAUAUGGAACACCUCGAGCAAAUCCUUGCUGAGUUGCAACCAAUGUUGAACAAGCAGAAACCUUUGAGAAGACGUUUCAUAAUCACUGAAGGGUUGUUCGCCUACACAGGCGAUGUCGCUGACUUGCCUGGGAUUGUCGCCUUGAAAAACAAGUAUAAGUACAGAUUAUUCUUGGACGAGACUUUGUCCAUCGGAACCCUUGGAGCAUUUGGAAGGGGUAUAACUGAACACUAUGGGAUUUCCAGAGAUGAGGUUGCCAUAACUAUCGGAUCUAUGGCCACGUCUUUUGCUUCCUCGGGUGGAUUUUGUGCUGGUGUUAGACCAAUGAUUCACCAUCAGAGAAUUAACUCUAACGCUUACGUUUUCAGUGCCUCAUUGCCACCUUACUCAGCUAAAGUUGUUUCCGAGGCAAUCAAGGUAAUAACAGAAAGCUCCAACUCCAAAGGAGAAUCUGUGUUAAUGGCCACGCUCCACGAAAAAGUUAUGUUUGCUCACAAACAGAUAACUAAUGCAUUUCAAGGCUCGAAAUUUUUUGAAAUCAAAUCAGACCCAAGCAGUCCAAUUAUUCAUUUGGGGUUCACUUCCGAUUUCAAAGCCAAAUUAGACUUGCCCAACUUUUACGGCAACACUGCGUUAUUGACUACAGGAAAACCUUCAAGAAAGUUGAAUCCAUUUAAUCAUCACUAUAACAUCGAGUGUUACAUUUUGCAAAAAAUCAUUGAUGCACUUCUUGAAAAGCAGCAUGCUCUCAUAAACAGAACAAGAAUUGUCUUCGAGCAAGAAUCUUUACCUGUCAUCGGCCCUAGAUUGUUGAUUCACGUUAAUGCUGGUUUGUCUAAGGAAGAAAUCGGCUCAGCUAUAUCUGCAUUACCAGGAGUUGUGGAGAGCAUUUGCUCCACACUUAAUGGUCCUGUGGACUUGGUGUCCUUGGAAUCUGAGUUGAUUGCACGUUGA